GAUGGAACAAAUGGUGUUUGGUCUUUCCUGCACUGGAGUGGGCAGACUGGAUUCAGAAAGCGCAGAGCCUCAACACUGAGGCAUAGACGACGUUUGCUACUGGAAUAAGGCAACUGCAAUGGAAAAAAUACAUUCUCCUAGUCCCAGGGUAAGUUUGAUUCUGAAUACUCGUGUGCUUGUUAAAGAACAACUGAGGAUACAAAGGACAAUGCACAGUGUAUAUCCCAAUGACAUUUUGUGUGCUGUGACAUGGUUUUUGCCAUGGCAUCUGAGACUGACAAGGCCCAUGCUCUUCUCCAGACUUUCAGCACAGCUUCAGUUAUUUCUAGUCUAGGUUUGGGAAUAUUCUGCUUUGUAGCAGACAGACUUCUGCAGUUUUCCUUUAUUCAGCAAAAUGACUGGCUCCGAGCCUUCUCUGAUAAUGCAGUGCAUGGUAUACUAGGAAUGUGGUCCUGGGCAAUAGUGAUUGGGCUCAGGAAGAAAAGUGACUUCACUGAGGUCACUCUGGCUGGCUUCCUCGCCUCUGUCAUUGAUGUGGACCACUUCUUUCUUGCUGGCUCCCUGUCAUUAAAGGCUGCUCUGACUCUGCCACAGAGACCACUUCUUCAUUGUUCUACGGUGAUUCCUGUUGUGGCUCUGACAUUAAAGUUUAUUAUGCACCUUUUCAGGCUUAAGGAUUCAUGGUGCUUUCUUCCCUGGAUGUUGUUUAUAUCCUGGACUUCUCAUCAUGUCCGUGACGGGAUUCGUCAUGGCCUCUGGAUCUGCCCGUUUGGAAAAACUCCUCCUUUGCCAUAUUGGCUGUAUGUGGCAAUUACAGCAUCUUUACCUCAUCUGUGUUCAUUUAUUAUGUAUUUAACAGGUACUAGAGAAUUAAUGAGUAUAAAACAUGGAAUCCGCAUCGAUGUAUAAGAAUGAUGGCUUUUAAAGUAUGUUUUUAUUAGCACUUGAAGUAAGCUGUCUGUUUAUCAGUGAAGUGGUUUCCUUAUGUUUCCUGCAACUUCCAAGAUAGGCUUUUUAAGGCUGUGGAGCCAGUUAACGGCUCCUGUGUCAAUUCCUUGGGGUCACAGAAUCCCUAUGUAAUGAAUGGUAAUAAUUUUAUAUCUAGACAUUCCCCUUGUAAAAUAUGUGGUCUUCCAUUAUAGCUUAUGCAUAGCUAACUGAUUUAUAAAGUAUUUAGUCUCUCUCUGUAGUAAUUACGUUAUAUUUUACUGUCAUGGUGCCGUUUAUUUGAUCACCAUUAACUUUGAAUUUGUAUUCUGCCUUCAGAUAAUAUAUUUAAUCUAGACAGGAUUUGUAUAGCACUUUAAAAAUGUAAAGUACUAUAUAAAAUCUAAG